GGCGCGCGGUUGCGGGAGCAUGAGCGUGGAGCGAGAGCUUCGCCAGCUGAGCAAGGCCAAGGCCAAGGCCCAGAGGAACGGGCAGCUGCGGGACGAGGCCGCCCUCUGCCACCAGCUGGGGGAGCUCCUGGCCAGCCAUGGACGCUACGCAGAGGCCCUGCGAGAGCACCAGCAUGAGCUCCAGCUCCUGGAGAGCGUCGACGACCCGCUGGGCUGCGCGGUGGCCCACCGCAAGAUCGGAGAGCGACUGGCCGAGCUGGAGGAUUACUCAGCGGCCCUGAAGCACCAGCAUCGCCAUUUGGAGCUGGCCCGUUCUCUGUCUAAUCACACUGAGGUGCAGAGGGCCUGGGCCACCAUUGGCCGCACCCACCUGGACAUCUAUGACCAUUGCCAGUCACAGGAUACCUUGGUGCAGGCACAGACUGCCUUUGAGAAGAGCUUGGCUAUUGUGGACGAGAAGCUGCAGGGGACGUUGGACAAGCGAGAAUUGAGUGAGAUGAGGACCCGACUCUACCUGAACUUGGGGCUCACUUUCGAAAGCCUGCAGCAGGCGGCCCCCUGUGACGACUACUUCCGGAAGAGCAUCUUCCUGGCUGAGCAGAACCACCUCCACGAGGACCUGUUCCGUGCCCGCUACAACCUGGGAGCCGUCCACUGGCGCCGAGGGCACCACUCCCGGGCCAUGCGCUGCCUGGAGGGGGCGCGAGAGUGCGCCCGCGUCUUGAGGAGGGGACAGAUGGAGAGCGAGUGCUGCGUGCUCAUCUCACAGAUCCUCCAAGACCUGGGGGAUUUUCUGGCUGCCAAGAGAGCCCUGAAGAAAGCCUACAGGCUGGGCUUCCAGACGCCUUUGCAGAAGGCGGCCGUCUGCCGGACCCUCAAACACGUGUUGGCCGUGGUGCGGCUGCAGCAGAGGUUGCGGGAGGCUGAGAGCAGCGACCCCCAGGGCGCCAUGGGCAUCUGUGAGCAGCUGGGGGACCUGUUCUCCAAGGCGGGCGACUUCCCCAAGGCGGCUGAGGCCUACCAGAAGCAGCUGCACCUCGCAGAGCUGCUGGGCCGGCCAGGGCCCGAGCUGGCCGUCAUCCACGUGUCCCUGGCCGCCACCUUGGGAGACAUGAAGGACCACCACCGGGCCGUGUCCCACUAUGAGCAGGAGCUGAGGCUGCGUGGUGGUGACGCUCUGGAGGAGGCCCAGACCUGGUUAAACAUCGCACUGUCCCGGGAGGAGGCUGGAGACGCCUACGAGCGGCUGGCCCCAUGCUUCCAGAAGGCUCUCAGCUGCGCCCAGCAGGCCCAGCAGCCCCAGCUCCAGAGGCAGAUCUUACAGCACCUCCAUGCCGUGCAGCUGAGGCUGCGGCCCCAGGAGGCCCCGGCCACCGCGGCCAGCCUGCAGGAGCUGAGCUCGCCCAGAGAGCAGGAGGAGGACGACGAGGAAGAGGAAGAGGAGGACGAGGCCACUCCUGAGCCCAGUGACGUGGAGCUCUCAGAAAGCGAGGGUGAUUCCGAGGGCGGGUCCCAGCGGCUAGAGGAGGAUGAGGAGUUGCAGGGUCGCUUGGGCCAGCCGAGAGUGAACAAGUGGAACCGGCGCAAUGAUGUUGGGGAGACCCUGCUGCACCGCGCUUGCAUCGAGGGCCGUCUGGGUCGUGUCCAGGACCUCGUAAGACAGGGCCACCCUCUGAACCCUCGGGACUACUGUGGCUGGACGCCCCUGCACGAGGCCUGCAACUAUGGGCAUGUGGAUAUCGUGCGCUUCCUGCUGGACCACGGGGCUCAGGUUGAUGACCCGGGCGGCCCAGGCUGUGAGGGCAUCACUCCCCUUCAUGACGCCCUCCACUGCGGUCACUUUGAGGUGGCCCAACUCCUCAUCGAACGGGGAGCGUCUGUCACGCUCCGAACCGCAAAGCUGGCGGCCACGCAGGGGCACAGCCCACGGGAGACGCUGCAGCAGUGGCUGAAGCUGUAUGGCAAGGAUCUGGACAGCGAGACCCGAGAGAAGGCCGCUGCCAUGGAGCGGCUGCUCCGAGUGGCCUCCUCAGGCCAAGCUCCCCACAGCUCCGCGGCCCCCCACACCCCUCCACGGAACCAUCUGUUCGACCCUGAGCUCUCUCCUCCCUCGAGCCCCGGCCCGGGACCCUCAGAGCCCUCUCAGGCCCAUGCCGGGGUCUCCCCAGGGCACGCAGUUCCAGCCAUGGCCAGGCCUCGGAGGAGCAGGCCCAAGCUGGCCAGCAGCAGCAGCUCGGAGGGCGAGGACUCCCCGGGCCCCUGCCGGCCCGUCCACAAGAGGCCCCGGCAUCGUGUGCCCGUACAGCAGGCCAGAGCCGGGGCGCCUGGCUACCCCAGCGGCAGGGAGGCAGAGGCAGCGAGUGCUGCCCGGGCAGCCAUCCGAGGUGUGGCUGGUGCCCAGAUCUGCCGCCCUGGGCCCAGCCUACUGCGGGGCCCAGGUGAGCCCACCACGCCCCGGGCGGCUCUCAUCCCGGAGGAGGAGUGUCUGGCCGGGGACUGGCUGGAGGACGACUCCCCGUUGACCCGCAGCUGCCAGGAUGGCUCUCGGCCUCACCCCCAGGGCAGUGCAAACAGCCCCGGUCCCCGUGGCUCGGGCUCGGGCCGCAGUAAGAGCCCCAACGGGCUCCGGGCCCGGGCCAGGCAGAGCCGGCUGCCCCGUCUCAGGAGUUGGAACGCAGCGGGCCGGGCAGGGGGAGACGGCAGCCCAGCGGCAGAGCCUCCACGGAGCCCUGACCUCUCCAGAGCCUCAGGGCCCUGUAGGGACAGCCCAGCGGCAGGCCAGGCCCCGGGUCCAUCUUUGCCCCCUCCCAUCCGCGUGCGAGUGCGAGUGCAGGACAGUCUCUUCCUCAUUCCCGUCCCACAUGGCAGCGGGGAGACCCACUCUGUGGCCUGGCUAACCGAACAGGCUGCCCAGCGCUACUGCCAGGCUUGUGGGCUGCUGCCAAGGCUCGUCUUGAGGAAGGAGGGAGCCUUGCUGGCCCCGCAGGACCCCAUACCUGAUGUGCUACAGAGCAACGAGGAGGUGUUGGCGGAAGUCACUUCGUGGGACCUCCCCCCACUGACUGACCGCUACCGCAGGGCCUGCCGGAGCCUGGAACAAGAGGAGCACCCGCAGGUGCUGCAGGCCAUGGACCGCCAGGGCUCCAGCCCCUCCUUCAGCGUGGGCUCUCUGGCCCUGCGUCAGACCCAGCUCACCCCGCUGCUGCGGGCCCUCAAGCUUCACACGGCGCUCCGGGAGCUGCACCUGGCAGGGAACCGGCUGGGGGACGGAUGUGCCGCUGAGCUGCUGGCCGCCCUGGGCACCAUGCCCAGCCUGAUGCUCCUGGAUCUCUCCUCCAAUCACCUGGGCUCCGAAGGCCUGCGCCACCUUGCCGCAGGCCUCCAGGGGCAGACCACCUUGCAGAACUUGCAGGAGCUGGACUUAAGCAUGAACCCCCUCGGGGAUGGCUGUGGCCGGGCCCUGGCAUCCAUCCUGCAGGGCUGCCCCUCACUCAGUACCUUGCAUCUCCAGGCCUGUGGCUUUGGCCCCAGCUUUUUCCUGAGCCACCAGGCAGCCCUAGGUAGUGCCUUCCAAGAUGCCAAGCACCUGAAGACACUGUCUCUGUCCUACAACAUCCUGGGUCCUGACGCCCUGGCCCACGCCCUGCAGAACCUGCCUGCCCGGACCCUCCGGCGCCUGGAGCUGAACUCUGUGGCAGCUGGCAAGAGUGACUCGGGCCUCGUGGAGCCUGUGGUCAGAUACCUGGCCAAGGAAGGCUGCACUCUAGCUCACCUGAGCCUGUCUGCAAACCAUCUGGGCGACAAGGCAGUGAGAGACCUGAGCAGGUGCCUUCCUUGUUGCCCCUCACUCAUGUCACUGGACCUGUCUGCCAACCCUGACGUCAGCUGUGUGGGUCUGGAGGAGCUCCUCUCUGCACUCCAGAUGCGGCCCCAAGGCCUCAGCUUCCUUGGCCUGUCAGGCUGUGCUGUCCAGGGCCCCCUGCGCCUGGGCCUCUGGCGCGAGAUCACCGCACAGGUGCAGGAGCUGGAGCUGUGCAGCCGCCGCCUCUCCCCCGACGACCGGGCCGCCCUGCGCCAGCUGCUGCCCGGCCGGCCGGGCCCUGGCGCAUGCACACUGGACCGAGGGUCCAAGCUCUUCUUCAGGCGCCUGUGACCCCGGAGGCGCUGCCCGGCCCCCUCCCCCCCAACGCCUCAAAUAAACGGAUGCUGCUGCUGCC